UGUUGGAUUUAUGACUGCAGGAGAUGCGAUUUUGGUGAAAAGAUAUACUAGGAACUACGGAUUCGAGGAUGUUCCCUCGGUUCGCUCUGGUUCUGACUCUGCUGUUUUAUGUGACAUUUUCCCAUGGUUACACAUACGAACAAGAUGUGUAUGCCAUAAAUUACCUGUAUUUAGCACUGGGCUUCCCUCUUCUUCCUGGAUGGACUGCAUUUGGUGGAGACCCUUGCAAUGAUAACUGGCAAGGUGUUCAGUGUGUCAACUCGAACAUAUCUGCAAUAAUACUCAAUGGCGCAAAUUUGGGAGGAGAAUUGGGUGAUAAAUUAGGAAAUUUUACUUCACUGAUCACAAUGGACCUGAGUGGUAACCAAAUCGGUGGCAGGAUACCAGAGAGCUUACCCAUUACAAUAAGGAAGUUUUUUCUUUCAGCCAAUAAGUUCACAGGAAGCAUCCCAGGUUCAUUAUCAGGACUGACGCUUCUAUCAGACAUGUCACUCAAUAACAAUCUCUUGUCUGGUGAACUGCCUGAUGCUUUCCAGACUCUCACUGGACUCAUAAACUUGGAUCUCUCUGAUAACAAUUUUAGUGGCCAACUUCCACCAUCUAUGGAGAGUUUGUCUUCUCUCACCACAUUGCACAUCCAAAAUAAUCAACUAUCUGGCACUCUUGAUGUCCUACAAGAUCUUCCUCUCCAAGAUUUGAAUGUAGAAAAUAAUAUGUUCUCAGGACCAAUCCCAGCAAAGCUUCUUAAUAUUCCUAAUUUCAAGAAGGGAGGCAACCCAUUCAAUGCCAGCAUUGCUCCUUCACCGCUGCCACCCCCUCCUACAACAUUUCCUUUUUCUCAUGCUCCUGCGCCUGCCAACUCUUUCAAGGGUCCUACUCAAAAUGGUGGCCUACCUUCUGAAAAUAACAAAAUUUCAAUAAUAAAAGCUGUUGAAUAUGUAUGUCCUGGUGUGAUUCUACUAGCCAUUGUAACAUUAAUGGUAAUACUUAAUGUAUCAAAGUGGCAACAAAAGAAACUGAAGGAUGAAGGAUUCCACAGAGGCCAGGAUGUCAGGAAAGAUGAAAGACCAGAGGAGCCUCAUAUAAGUAUUGACUUUAUCAAACCUCAUAAAGGUGAUGAAGUUCUUGGAGAGUCAACUCAAAGGCAGGAAUAUAAUUUUAAUAUUCAAAGGACUACAGCACAUCCGAUGCCACUAUUGAUUGAAAAAGACACUGUGAACCCCGUUGUUACAGGUAAAAAGAUCCUAAGAGAUCCAGCUGAAAUUCUGAAUCCUCCAACUUCUGCGACACCUUUUUCUGUUGCUUCACUUCAACUACACACAAAUAGUUUUAGUGAAGAGAACUUGAUCCAAGAUGGCACUCUUGGCCCAGUAUAUCUAGCAGAAUUCCCACAGGGGAAGCUAUUGGAAGUAGUGAAGCUUGACAAUAAAAAUUCAGAUCUUCCUGGCGAUGAAUUUUUGAAGUUGGUUAAGAUCAUCUCAGAGAUUCAACAUCCGAAUAUUGUUGAGCUUGUUGGUUACUGUAUGGACUUUGGCCAACGAUUACUCGUUUAUAAAUAUUUCAGCAGCAAAACCCUAUUUGAUGUACUCCACAGUGAUGAUGUUGGCGUCAAAAAAAAGUUAUCAUGGAAUGCCCGUAUCCAGAUAGCCCUUGAAGCUGCAAAAGCUCUAGAGUAUCUACACGAGGGUUGUCGACCACCUAUAGUGCAUCAAAGAUUUGAGUCAAGCAACAUUCUCAUCGAUGAUGAUCUAUCUGUUCGGGUUUCUGAAUGUGGCCUGACUUCACUACUACCAUCAAGUUUUGUAACUCAGUUGUCAGGCAUGAGACCUUUUUUCAGUUAUGAUGCUCCAGAAGUCAGUGACUCUGGGUCUUAUAGUGAGAAGAGUGAUGUUUACAGCUUUGGAAUUGUCAUGUUAGAACUCCUUACUGGGCAUAAGCCCUUUGACAGCUCACUUCCUUGGGCAGAGCAACAUCUUGUGCGGUGGGCUAGUUCACAGCUUCAUGACAUCGAUGCAUUGAUAAGAAUGAUGGAUCCUUGUGUUGAUCGGCAGUUACAUGUAAAAUCACUCUCCAGAUUCGCUGACAUUAUUAGUCGUUGUAUACAGCAAGGGUCAGAGUUCCGGCCACCGAUGUCUGAGGUUGUCCAAGACCUUGCCCGUGUUAUUUGAAAUGGUAAUUACGAGUACAAAUGGUAUCAUUUUGGAAGCGAUGAUGUCGGUUCAUUCAACAUGACAAACAAAU